AUGCAGACCAGACACAGCAACAGAACUUUUCAUCAGGGCAUCGACACGACCACGCACCGCAUUCUUCCCCACUGUCUACGGCCCACGCACAGCAAUUGCUUGAAUAUUGCAGAAAUAUGUCGGUGCAUCCGCUCUGAGCUCCACACAAUGGCCGCCGAUGCCAAUACCAUCCCGAACGCUUCGACGCCCCGAGCGUUGCCAGCGUUUAUCUCAAAUCACCCCUCAAUGCACGGCCAGCAACACAAGCCAAAAACUCCUCAAUCGGCCCCAGAUUCCCACCGUCGACAUUCUUUACCUCUCCACUUCCUCCCACCUAGCCUCUGGAGUGCAAAUACAUCCACUGCCAGUCUCGUCGUCGAGUCCGAACAAGCUGCCCGUGGCGAACAUAUCCUUGACGAAGCAACUGUUGCCUUUCGAAUCUCCGCAUUGAGACAGCUGAAUGGUGCGACACACUCCCGUCAUCGAUAUGCCAAGUCAACUGGUGCACGAAAUAGUACUUUUAGUCAGCCGGUAAUUGUGAGGACAUACUCUGGAGCUGCCAGGCCUCCCUCAAAACAACGAGAUAUCGUCACUGCGAAGAAAGAGAAUGGAUGGUCAGCUAUGGCAGCCGGAAAAGCAGAAUUGAAGAUGCCGCCUGUUGAGGCUUUCACUUUCAAAGGAAUCAUGGAGGAGAUCAAACACGGCGUAGCAGAAGAUUUGGAAAGAAUUGCCGAGAUAUGUGCAAGAAGUAAGUACAGUCUCAGUAACCAGUACGAGGUACAUAUGCCACCCCAUGGUCGCGGGGAAGCUAUUCUACAGAAUGUUGGCCUUGGUGUUGGCCCCUAUGCUGCUGGAGGCCCUACACUUCAGGCCAUCGGCUCAGACGACGAGCAGACUCGGCCAGUUGGAAGAGGCUCUCGUGGUGGCCGAAGAACGAAAUCCGUGGCAUAUGGAACGCUGGAAACAAUCAUGUCUUCCUCAAGGUCUUCAGAUGAGGACAAGUCAAAGAAGAAGCCCGCAGCCGUAAUAGCAGAGGAAGUUCGUGGAAGAGCGGCCCGGAAAGAACUCCAAGCGGCAUCCAAGAAAGCAUCUGAGGAAGCAAUCGAAGUUGGGCCAGCUGCUGAACGCCCUUCAAAACAUGUUCGGUCGAAAUCAGCUUCCUUUGCAUCGAUGAUUAUUGACAAUGCUCAAGUAUCCAAGCAUGACGCAGGUGCCCAGGUUCUCUCGCCGACGUCUUUGAUCAGUGAGCCUGCUCGUCCCCAGACCUCAACGGCCACAGAUCUGGAAACAAUCACUGUCUUUGAGGCAGGUCAAUACACUUCUCCAGCUUUAAGUUCUUUUACAGCACCGAAGUUGAUUCGAAAUGAGUCUAUUGCUUCUACGCUAAGACCAGAACCAGACGGACGACCAUCGAUCCUGGGAAGCCUUGGUUCCUGGCUACCAUGGACUAAGAAUAGUGGAUCGUUCAGCGAUAUAUCUCAAGGACGAAACAGAAGUACAUCGCAUGCCGAAGGGAGCUUGAGAGAUUUGUUGAAGUCAAAAGACUUUGACAGAAAAGGGAAAGCAAUUGAUCGCAAUGGCUGA